AUACGGGUGCGGUAAAAAUGCCGCCUCCCUUUGUGGUUUGUGUUGAGAUACAAGAUGGCGCCGGUGUUGGAGAAGAAGCUGCUGGGUGCAGCAGCAGGGACAGAAGACCGCACCAUGGACAGCGCCCAGGAGGAGGAAGGACACAACCUGUGGUCCUCGAUCCUCAGCGAGGUGUCGACACGUUCCAGUAACAAACUGCCCUCUGGAAGGAACAUCCUGCUGUUCGGUGAUGACGGUUCGGGGAAAACGACGCUGAUGACGAAACUCCAAGGAGUGGAACACAAUAAGAAGGGCAGAGGACUGGAGUAUCUGUACCUGAACGUUCAUGAUGAAGACAGAGACGACGUGACUCGCUGUAACGUGUGGAUUCUGGAUGGAGAUGUUUUUCACAAAGGCCUGCUGAAGUUCACCGUAUCCUCUGAGUCUCUGAAGGACAGUGUGGCCGUGUUUGUGGUGGACAUGUCCAGACCCUGGUCCAUCAUGGAGUCCCUGCAGAAGUGGACCAGUGUCCUGAGAGAACAUGUGGACAAGCUGAAGAUUCCCCCUGAGGACAUGAGAGACAUGGAGCUGAGGAUGGUCAGGGCAUUUCAGGAGUAUGUGGAACCCGAGGAGGCGACGCCAUCCUCACCUCAGAGACGAGGAGAUGAUGAGUCAGUGUUGCUGCCACUGGGAGAAAACGUCCUCACACACAACCUGGGAAUCCCUGUGCUGGUCGUCUGCUCUAAGUGUGAUGCUGUGACUGUGUUGGAGAAAGAUCAUGACUACAGAGAGGAGCAUUUUGACUUUAUUCAGUCGCACCUCAGGAGAUUCUGCCUACAGUAUGGAGCUGCUCUGAUCUACACUUCAGUAAAAGAGGAGAAGAACCUGGACCUUCUGUAUAAGUACAUGGUGCACAAACUGUACGACUUCCACUUCAGCACUGCAGCCUUAGUGGUGGAGAAAGACGCAGUGUUCAUUCCGUCUGGGUGGGACAACGAGAAGAAGAUCUCCAUCUUACACGAAAACUUCACCACUGUCCGGCCUGAAGAUCCGUUUGAGGAUUUCAUCAUCAAGCCGCCUGUACGCAAGUUAGUCCAUGAUAAGGAGAUAAACGCAGAAGAUGAGCAGGUCUUCCUCAUGAAGCAGCAGUCUUUGUUAGCCAAGCAGCCGGCGACUCCAUCACGAGCUACAGAAUCUCCUGUACGGACAGGGUCUGGUUCUCCUCGGUCCACCGUCCGCACCGGACCCACCAAUGUAGCGAGUGUGUCUCCCAUGACGACUGUAAAGAAACCUGACCCCAACAUUAAAGGUGCUGCUGCAAAUGAGGGUGUUUUGGCAAAUUUCUUUAACAGUUUGUUGAGUAAAAAAACUGGAGCUCCUGGAAGUCCGGGAACAGCUGGAGCAGCAGGAGCAGCAGUGCAGGGAUCGGCCAAGAAAACAGGGCAGAACCCGGCUCUGAGUGAUGUUCAGGCAGAACUGACACGCAUGACGCACAAAUCUGACUCCACCGUCACGGCCAAUCACAGAACAGUGCCGGAGAGUGAGGAGUAAACACAUCAAACACACACACACACACACACACACACACACACACACACUCUCUUAUGUUCUCUGAAAAGCCUGAACAUAAAACAUAUUUAUAAACAUAAUGACCAAA